GUCAAGGAUGAAAUCAUUUGACGAAGUCAUUUGAUUUUGUCAGUCGCGUUUUAUUUAGUGGUAAAUCAACGCAGAACCUUUAACAAUACUGACAUGUCAGCAGCUGUCAGCGUGAGGUAUCAAUCAAAUGUCAAUUUGUCAUAUUUGUGAUGGCAAAAAGAGGUGCUCAAGUGCUCGUACUGUUUUAAAUCAAUUUACACGAUUUAAUAAAGUAAUUAAUACAUAUAUAUGAAUGAAUGGUCAAAUAUAACUUUCAAAAUUUGCUACCGAUAGCCACUAUUAUUUUAAUAAAUUGAUUGAUUGCAGGCAAAAUUAAGGCUGUACUUGCUGCAAUCAUGCCAUUAACUAAGCGUAAACAUUCACCUGAGAAGGAGGAAUUGAUUGAAAAUGGUGAUAAUCAAACUGAGGGACGUAGUAAUAUCAAGGGAGAUGAGUUUAAUAUAGCUGUGCUACUAUUUCUUUAUACCCUGCAGGGUAUACCGCUUGGACUUGCAGGAGCUGUACCAAUGCUUCUUCAAAAUCGUGGCAUAACAUAUACUCAACAAGCAGAAUUCAGUUUUGUCAACUGGCCGUUCAGUGUAAAGUUAUUAUGGGCUCCUAUUGUGGAUGCCUUAUUCUGGCCACAAUUUGGUCGAAGAAAAACUUGGCUUGUACCAGUGCAAUACCUGAUUGGUAUUGUGAUGAUCAUAAUGUCAUAUAGUGUUACUGAUUGGCUGGGUGAUGAUGACAUACCACCUUCAAUGACCAUACUGACAAUAUCAUUCCUUUUCCUUAACUUUUUGGCUGCCACACAAGAUAUUGCUGUUGAUGGAUGGGCUCUUACCAUGCUUAAAAGGUGCAAUGUUGGUCAUGCUUCAACCUGCAACACUGUCGGACAAACAGCUGGCUUCUUCCUUGGAUAUGUAAUGUUUCUAGCUCUGGAAUCUCCUUACUUCUGUAACAAAUACUUGUACUUUGAGCCUCAAGCUGAAGGACUUGUGACACUUGCUAGUUUCUUGCUCUUCUGGGGUUGGGUGUUCAUUGUGACCACUACAUUGAUAGCGGUAUUCAAGCAUGAAGCAAAUGACGCUCCAAACACAAAGGAGAAUGAUGUGAAGGGAUUUAGCGAUGUUGUGACCGCUUACAAGCAGUUGUACACUAUUAUAAAGCUUCCUGCAGUGCGUACACUGGCUCUGGUUUUGUUCACUGCUAAGCUUGGAUUCUGUGCCAGCGACGCCGUCUCGGGGCUAAAACUUGUGGAAGCUGGAGUGCCGAGAGAAGACUUAGCUCUACUUGCAGUACCAUUAGUCCCAGUACAGAUCAUAAUGCCAGUGCUCUUGGCAAAACACACAACAGGUCGGGAGCCACUCUCACUAUGGCUACGUGCCUUUCCGCUGCGGCUGUUAGUGGGUCCACUAGCUGCAGCGCUUGUCGCGAUCACUCCCACCCUACUGAAUGAUGCGCCCCCCUCCUACUCAUAUUUAUUCAUUUUGAUGAUACUCUACAUAUUCCAUCAGACAUGUCUCUACUGCAUGUUCGUGGCUGUGAUGGCGUUCUUCGCUAAAGUAUCAGAUCCAGCUGUCGGCGGUACCUACAUGACCUUCCUCAACACGAUGUCGAACCUGGGAACUAAUUGGCCUAACACUCUCGCUCUAUGGGCCAUUGACCACCUAACCUUCAAACGAUGCUCAUACUCAGGACUCAGUGACAACACAUGUUCUUCUGAAGCUGAGGAAUCGGAAUGUAAGUCUUUCGAUGGCACAUGCGAAGUGCGAAUAGAUGGAUACUACAUAGAAACAGUACUGUGUUUAGUCAUCGGCUUCGUUUGGCUCAUGUGGGGAAAGCCAACCAUCAACAGACUGCAACGACUGCCUGCUUCAGCCUGGCAAAUAAGCCGAUAUAACAGAUAAGACUGAAUCUCGUUAAUUCCCCUUUAAUAUAAUAAAUUAAUAUGUAUAUAAUGUAAAGGUAUUCAAGGCAAUAUGUCUUCUGAUUACUCAUACAGUACCCUAUCCUUAGAUAGUUACCUUAACUCAUAUCCCAGAGGAAAUAAUUGGUCUUUACCGAUUGUUUUUUUUUUAUUUAAUCUGUCCACACUAGGAUUAUUUCAGUGCUUUGGGUAAUUUUACAUACACA